AUGAUUCUUCGUAGAUCAGCUCGCAUUGCAGCCAAGGAAAAGAAAAAGGAGACGAGUCAACAAGCCGACUAUGUAACUACCAAUGAGGUUGUUCGUUCGAAAAAUAAAUCUACAGGUAGGUCCUUCCUCAAAGAAUCCUCAAAGGACGCGCAAGAGGUCUACGUCGAAAUUAUCACUGGCAAAGAGAAAUCCGACGAGCAUUUCGAAUCUUCCCCCGAGAAUUCGGUUGUCAAGGAAAACUCGGAAGAGCCUGUUCAACCUUCUACCGAGACCUUCGGUUGCGACGAAACUUUAAGGGAGGACGUUAGUUCACAGGAUGAUUCCGCGGAUGACCCUGAUAGAAUCAUUACGAUCACUUUCUCAGCUCCAAAAGUGGAGUACAAACCUCGAGGAAUUACCAAGAUCGAGCGAACCAUACGGCAUAACAUUCACAAGACUCACCUGUUAACAUUACUCGCUAAUGGCAUUGUAAGGAACGAAUGGUGCAAUGACCAGCUGAUUCAGGCUAUGGCGUGUUCGUUGAUUGAACGUGACAUGUUGGCUCUUUUUGAUAAGGCCCUUAGACCGAACGACAGUUCACGCGGUCAAUUACUGAUCACCGCAAUUCAAGAAUUGUGCGAUUGGUGGAAAAAAUAUUUUAUAAUUUCCAAACCUGGAAUUUGUUUUAGAGAGUAUCACGAAUUUGGUACGAAAGGUCUUAUCGAGGAUUAUGAGGUGUUGUUUCCCGAUGUUCUCACGUCGAUAAAAUCUUUUCGCAAAAGUCUCAAGAUUGGUGAGGGAAGCCGUGACACAUCCGCCCAACUAUUCGUUGCAUUAUUAAGAUCGUUAGGAAUUCCUGCUCGAUUGAUAUGCUCUUUGCAAGCGGUCUCCUUUAAAUUUUCGCGUAAGGACAAUUCCAAGAAGCCAGAAGGAAAUUUCGGUAGCGAUGUGAAAUCAACGGAUCAAAGUGAUAAAGAUAUUAAAAAAAAAUUUAACAUAGAUAAAUACACUUUAUCAUCCAAAAACCAGAGUAGUGGUAGCAAAAGGAAAGAAAGGGAGGAUGAUGAUUAUACUCCUCACCAAAAGAAACCAACGGUAUACUUUGCAGUCCACAAGAAAUGGCUCUGCGUUGACCCGACUCGUGCGUUUGUGAACAGACCGAAAGCAAUGGAGCCUUCAGUAACAGACAAAAAUAAUGUUAUGGCGUAUGUAGUGGCUUUCGAACAAGAUGGCUAUAUCAAAGACGUGACCCGCAGAUAUACAACGCAAUGGGGUGCGAGAACGCGUAAACUACGAAUACCUAGCACCAAGGAUGGGUAUGAUUGGUGGGAUGAGACGUUGGCAUAUUUCGCACGUCCGUACGAGAGGGAGCAAGAUCUGUGUGAAGAUGCGAGCUUGCUUUCGAUGGAAGUCUCUGAACGCAUGCCCACCACUAUUAGUGCCUUUCAUAAUCAUCCUUUGUAUUUUGAAACAAUUACUCCCAAACUACCAGUACUUGGACACAUUCGCGGUGAACCAAUAUAUCCGCGUAAAAAUGUUAAACAGGAGGGACAACAACCAAUUAAGCAUGUUAAAUCGCGCAUAUACACCUUAGCGAAACGAAGGGCUGCAAAUAUGGCCGAAUUGUUUAACGAAGAACCUCUCGAGUCAGGCCUUUAUGGAGAAUGGCAAACCGAAAUUUAUAAACCGGAUCCCGUUGUAAAUGGAAUAGUGCCAAAAAAUAAUUACGGAAAUGUAAAUCUGUUUAAACCGUCAAUGUGUCCACCGGGCGGCGUUCAUCUCCCAUAUAAUGGAAUGGGAAAGAUUGCAAAAAAAUUUGGCAUUGAUUAUGGCGAAGCAGUGGUCGGAUUUGACUUUCAAUCUCAGCGAUGUGUUCCAGUAGCGAAAGGCGUCGUUGUUCCAGAAGAGCAUGCUGAGAUGUUGUUGGAGGCAUGGGAAGAACACAUCAGAAAUGUCGAGGCGACGAACAGGGCGAAAAAAUUAAAAGAAAUUUAUGAUAAUUGGAGAAAAAUGAUUAUAGGAUUGCAAAUUCGGCAAAGAUUAAAGGAUGAUUAUGGUGAUAGGGUUGAAGAAGACCUUUCUUUGGAGAAUGAAGAUGAAGGGGAGGAUGAGUUUUAUCACGGUGAAACCGACGAGGAAAAGGUAGAAGAAGAUGGACCCACUGACGGUCAAUAUGUCGAUGCUAAAGAUUGUGGAGAGGUCAUCGUUGAAAACGUAGGCGACGAAGGAAAUUGUGUUGGUUCACAAGAUGAGAACAUAGACGAAUUGUUCGCCGACUUCAAAGAAUGUGAAACAGAAACAGAUCUUCUUAUGGAGGAUGUAGAUCUUAACGAAGGUAUUAUUAAUGAAAAUGAUGUCGACAUGAUCGACACUUCAAGCCAUAUCGAAGAUGAAAAUUUCCAUGUCUACACCGGUAUCACCAAUGAGGUUUUAAUUGAUCAAGAAUGCUUAAAUAACUACAACGAUCCGUUUGAUACAAAAGGCGGGUUUUUGCUCGAGUAA